CCGCUCCCCUCCCGGCACCUCCUCCGCUAAAACUUUUGGCCCCGGCCAUAAAUGCAUCCGCGGCUCAGCCCCUCCGCUUGGCGAGGGCCCAAGGGCAGCUGACAAAUAACUGUGACCCCUCAAGCCAGGGGACGGGCCAGGCAGAGGCGAUUUGCCAGGGGGGCAGCCCGCGUCCCGCCCGCACCGCACCGCGCACCGCGGAUGCCGGCGGGUUUAAAGGCGGGAGUGGCAAUGCCAGGCACCCAGAGGUGGCGGCUCCUGUUCCGGCUGAGCCUGAGAGCAGCGGGCCGUCCUCUCCGCGCCCUCUGAGCCGCUCGCCUUCUCUCCCUGCAGCGGGCUGGGCUGGACCCGUCCCGUCCCCGCAACCCAUCAGGCGAGUGGGAGGGAGAGAGAAAGGGAGGGGGCGCAGCAGCCCGCUCGCUCCCGGUCCGCGGGGCUGCUCGGCGCAGGUGUCUGCCGGUGGGGCGAGCUCCGAAGGGUUAAAGCGCUGKGAAAGUGAUAACUGCGCUGGGAUCGGGUCAACUGGCAUUUGCCUGCACAUGAUCUGCCAAGCUCCGRGUGACAGGUACCGGAGCUCCUAAUGAGUUUCCCAAAGGUUUGGAUCUGAACGCCGCCGUCGCCGUUCUCCUCYCGCGGCUACCCGUUAGAGCUGCCACCGACUGCCCAGCUCUUCUCCAUCCUCCCCAAGGUUUCCAAUGGGAGCAGCGUGCAACAGGUCAGUUCUGCUACAGGCCGCUUAUUUCACCCUUUCUUYCCCUCGCUGCUUCCGAAAGGCUGGRGUAAAUGGUAGGAGCGGGCCGUCCCCGGGCACGGGGACGGGAAGAGAGACCGGUCAGGACUGACACGCCGAGUCCGCAGGCAUCCCCAGCAGCCCAACGUCGGGGCGACAGACCGCCAGCCUGAGAUACCACGACGGGCACGAAGGUGCGGGGAGGACGCAAGGGCUCGGGACGGAGGGGGCUCCGUGGCCGCGUGCGGGGGUUUCUCCGAAGCAGAGGGAAAUUCCGACAGCGGGGCGCGUAACCCGUUUCUCGCAGGGGCUCUUUCGCCGGGAGGAGCGAUGUGCAGCGCCGCAAUUAACCCGUCUCCGGCGCACGGCGACUGCCUGCAUCUGCGGAGGCUCGUCAGGCGAGAGCAUCCUCCUGCUUCCCUCUGUGCCUCUCUCAGACGUGACCUGUUGGAUCUCCCGCUGAGAACUUUACCUACCGGCGGAGAGAGCGCAGCGGCCCCGCCGCCAAAUACGACUCCAAUCUCUUAYUAGGCGCUUGCCACUUGAUUAUCGAUUAUCCCUUGUUUUUCGCACAGGAUCCAGACGAGCUUUAGGCACACAAGGAGCACACAGAGAGGACUCGCCCAGACUCAGAGCGCUGGGACUCUCGACCCUCGCCACGCCAGCGCGCCCCGUCCGGGUGUCCACUUGCCGGCGGGGCCUGAAGGUCUCCCUCCGGCGGGAACGCUGCCCGCUGACCUUUCCCUUUCCCUUUCCCUUGCAGCAUGGCCCUCGAGAGGCUCGGGGAAGCCCURGGCGGCAUCCCCCCGUUGCAAAGCUCCCUGCUGCUCCUCCUCUGCCUGCUCGCCGCCAUCCACCUGGGCAAGCUACUCCUGCAGCAGCAGCAGCGCCGGCGKCAGGGCCAGCGCCGGGCACCGCCGGGCCCCUUCCCCUGGCCCCUGAUCGGCAACGCGGCGCAGCUGGGCAGCGCCCCGCACCUCUCCUUCGCCCGGUUGGCCAGCACCUACGGCGCCGUGUUCCAGCUACGCCUGGGGCGCUGGCCCGUGGUGGUGCUGAACGGGGAGCACGCCAUCCGCCAGGCCCUCGUCCGCCAGGGGGCCGCCUUCGCCGGCCGSCCGCCCUUCCCGUCCUUCCAGCUGGUGUCGGGCGGGCUUAGCCUGGCCUUCGGCGGAUACUCGGAGCUCUGGAAGCUGCACCGGCGGGCGGCGCACGCCACGGUGCGCGCCUUUUCCACGGGCAGCCCCGCCACCCGCCGCCUGCUCGAGCGGCACCUGGUGGGCGAGGCGCGGGCGCUGGUGGCGCUGCUGGUGCGCGGCAGCGCCGGCGGCGCCUUCCUCGACCCCUCGCGCGUCCUGGUGGUGGCCGUGGCCAACGUGAUGAGCGCCCUGUGCUUCGGCCGCCGCUACAGCCACGGCGACGGCGAGUUCCUGCGCAUCGUGGGGCGCAACGAGCAGUUCGGGCGGGCGGUGGGCGCCGGCAGCCUGGUGGAUGCGCUGCCCUGGCUCCAGAGCUUCCCCAGCCCCGUCCGCGCAGCCUACCGCGCCUUCCGCGACCUCAACCGCGACUUCUACGGCUUCGUCCGCGGCAAGUUCCUGCAGCACCAGCGCAGUCUGCGCCCCGGGGCUGCCCCCCGCGACAUGAUGGACGCCUUCAUCCGCCUGCAGCGCGAGCAGCCGCGGCUGCAGCUCGAGCACGUGCCCGCCACUGUCACCGACAUCUUCGGUGCCAGCCAGGACACCCUCUCCACCGCCCUGCAAUGGCUCCUCAUCUUCCUCAUCAGGUAUCCAAAAGUGCAGGCUAAAAUGCAAGAAGAAGUGGAUAGGAUUGUUGGAAGAGACCGUCUGCCAUGUGUUGAAGAUCAGCCUCACCUUCCCUACAUCAUGGCUUUCCUGUACGAAUCCAUGCGUUUCAGCAGCUUUGUGCCUGUGACUAUCCCACACGCCACCACAGCCAACACCUUCAUCAUGGGCUACCUCAUUCCCAAGGACACSGUCAUCUUUGUAAAUCAGUGGUCAGUGAAUCAUGACCCUGCAAAAUGGUCCAACCCGGAGGAUUUUGAUCCAACAAGAUUYCUGGAUGAGAACGGAUUCAUCAACAAAGAUCUUACUAGCAGCGUGAUGAUUUUCUCAUUGGGAAAACGUCGCUGUAUUGGGGAGGAGUUAUCCAAGGUGCAGCUGUUUCUCUUUACCUCCAUACUGGUGCAUCAGUGCAAUUUUACUGCUAAUCCAAACGAGGACCCUAAAAUGGACUUUACCUAUGGGCUGACCAUUAAGCCUAAGCCAUUCACCUUGAAUGUUACRCUUAGAGAUACCAUGGAUUUGCUCGAUCAGGCUGUCCAAAGACUGCAAGCAGAGAAAGCAGCCAGUGAAUCCAGCUGUCAGCAAAUGCCUGAGCAAUAAACCUUGCAUCUAAAGAUAAUCUCUCUCUCUCUUUUUAGACCUAUAUAACUCAUAGUUUGUUCUGGUGAUAUUUUUGGUACAUAGCCAAUAUUACAAGUUACAAGCGCAGGAAGAAAAGCGGCACAAGGUAUAAUUCAGUCCUCMUUUUAAUUCUAGAAAGAGAGCCAGGGGAACAAGAUAUCAAAUGAUAAAACGUAUGCAAUUUGAAAGUAAGCCUUUUCUUUUCUAGCUUGUUCACAGAAGUUGCCAUUGUAAAGUGCUUUUUAUCUACUUACUGGUUGGAGCAUCUCCAGGAACUGUCUCUGCAGUCCUCUCCAUGUCUCCAUGCACUAUGCCUUAACUCUAAGUUUGCCUUCAGUGACUCCACAUUCAGAAGUAAAAUCUCUUAGCUAAAAAAAAAAAAGGCAAAAAAAGGAUUGAGCAGAACACUGCAGCCUGCCUCUGAAUUCACUAUGCUGGAAACUGUCAUAGGCUCACAGCAGGUCCGGUAGUUUGGCUGCUGGGAUGCACAUUAAUGCCUYAACAAAAACUGUUCAAAUGAUUUUUGGUAAAAUGACAAUGUAAAGUCUUGCCUUCAGCAUUCCAGAAUGUUCACCUAAAUGCCUAAAAAAAAUAAAAGGCUUGCUUGUAAGCAUGUUUGAAACUAAAAUUCAUGCUUUAUAUGAAAAUGAAUAGUAACACACAGUAACUUUUCAUUAAGAUAUGAAAGUCUAGAAUAUGUCAUGAAAUGGCAAGGAGGAUACAAAUCAUAUGCUAGUCUGUUCAUUAGCAUAUUAGUGAACAAGAUAAGUAUUUGAAUUAGAUUUAUAAAGGUAUAGCUGAAUUUURUGUUUGUCUAGGAAGGAGUUAAUAUUGUCCCUAGGCACACAGGUAAGUCCAGUAAAAUCCACACUGGCCAAGGUAGCUAGAAGUGAGAUUGGGGGGGAAGGAGGUUGUUAUAUUAAAGCACUCAUGCCACAAACCUCAAGUAAAGCAUAGAGCAAUUAAUACCCUACUCAUUAGUCAUUCUAUUAGGUUAAAUYGUAUAUCUGAAAAUCAACUAUGUACUUUUAGUACAAUUUUCUUGGAACAGCACCUCAGAAGGAAAAGUAACAUUACAUGUCCUAAUUAAAGUACUCAUUAAGUGAAGAAAAAGUACUUCCAAAAUAUUUGUGAGGCAAAGUUUAUAACUGGUUUUUUUUCAAAACUUGAAUUAUAUUAAAAUAAAACACACAUGAAAUUUUAUGACCUUGAACCUCUGGUUAAUGUUUGUAUACACAAAGCUGCAUAUAUUCCUCUAGAAAGCAAAAAGCCCUACAUAAACGCCUGAUUUGAAAAGAGUUGGACACUUCUUUGGAGCUGCAGAUCACCUUCAAUUACAUAUGAAAUCCAUCAGACAUGAGAGUACCUCACAUGACUUGCUGUGUUCAGCCGAGUACUAAAUAAGGUAUUAGCAGAGCUAGAAAAAUAAGCGUACAAUGCUACACAGUGAAGUAGCUCUGCUGAGACCUAAGCAAGUACAGAUUUGCACUGUGACUUCUGAUAGAUGGCCAGUUUUAGUCAUGCUAGCAGCAAUGACAGAACUCACACAGAUAUUGGGAAGAGCUGGGACGACAACAYAAUCCUGCUCUCAAGUACAAGCUUUGCUUCUGAUUGUAAAAAUCUGAACCAAGCCUACAAGCACUGCUUUAUAACCCCACACAGUAAUAAUGUAGCUGUUUAAAGUACUGACUUCAUAUGACAUCUAUCAUCUCUUUUUGGAGCUAAAAAAUGCUUUCUCCUACAUCCACAUGGAAUAACCUCAGGUGUUUUUCUGAAUUACGUACAAGUUUGUGAUACCCCAGAACUUAGCCUAUACCUGUGAAAAGCUUUAUAAGAUACUCARCAUUUUCAUAUGGAGAUCUACAUUAGAUCAAACGAUAGUAAGACGAUUUUCCUUGUACCUUUCUAAGUACUGUUAUUAAAAGAAAUAAAGUAUGUAACCUACAACUGAAAAGCUAUUYUAUGCAAGGAUCACCAAUUCAUAUUUUAAUUAAAAAUGGCUUUUGCAAUUUUGUACCCUUCCAAAAGCUUUAAUUGUGCAUUGGGUACUAGUGCAAAAUCCAUCCACACUGCUCUUGUCAGUCAGGGGUUACACAUUAUAUAGCUGUUGGUCAUAUAAUGUCUCAUGUAACCUAGGAAGUUACUCAAAUUUAGUAGCACCUAUUUAGAAUGCAUGCAGUCAUUUAGCAAGCUAACUUCUAYGGUCAUUCUGAGAUGUAUCACUGUGUUACCAAAAUAAAUAAAAUUAUU